CAUGCUGGUUGCGACCAUUGGGCGUCGAACUGCUCUUGGACCAAUCAAUCGCCUCGUUACUAUCACACCUGCUAGCGCGUCAUUCACCUCUAAUCGGCUUGCAACUCGGCUCCAACCAUGGGCAAGAAAAAGUCUAGAGGCGAAUACAAUGACUAUCUGGACGGUGAAAAGCUGCGCGAUAACACCGAGAUCAGGACAUCGUUGCAGGGGUCCGCACAACGAGACGUUUCGUCAUUACCAGCAAGCCAGGAUGCUAGGGCAAGCAGGAAGCAGGGAAAGGGCGCGGCCAAGAAGCCUGCACUCACCCACUUUCUGUGUCUACCGCUCGUUACAGACUCUAGCAGACCACAGCUCCAGCAGGGACUAGACAAGCUCAGGCAAGAUCUGACGAGCGCCAGCCCAGUGCCUGCAAAGGCCGUGCGACCAGUUGGCACACUCCAUCUCACCCUGGGGGUGAUGAGUCUCGAUGCAAAAGAGUUGGAAGCUGCGAAACGAUACUUGGACGAUUUGGAUUUGCACGCUCUCCUUCGCGAUGUAACUCAUCGCUGCAUAGCACAGCGGGCUGCUGAAGAGGGCGCAAUCGGAGAGAACCUCACUCCAGCGACCAUGCCCGACACGGACGCCUUGACUAUCAACCUAGAAUCUCUAGUCCCAAUGCAGGCACCACAAAAAACAAGCAUUCUGUACGCGGAGCCUCGAGAUCCUUCGCUACGCCUGCAGCCGUUUGCCUUGGCCUUGAAGGAGCAAUUCACAGCGAGGGGCUUCAUGGUUGCAGAGACAAGGCCGCUGAAGCUGCACGCCACCGUCAUGAACACCAUCUAUGCGAAGCCCAAGCGCGGCAGGGGCCGGCCGAAGAGUGCCAAAAUCAAAGACGGGCUGAAGCAUGUUGAGCAGAAAAUAUCCCCACACCAUCACGAGCAAAGCAGCAGCAACGCGCAGCAUAACGAAGACGAUGGGGCAUCAACGGCGGGCUCACUAGAUGGAGACCAGAACCAAGUCCCGCCAACUACAGGAGAAGGCCACGGUCCCGAUGGAAAGAGUUGGUUGAGAUUCGACGCUACACGUCUGAUUAACGAGUACAAGGGCUUUGUAUGGGCGCGAGACGUCCGCGUGGAUAGAGUGUGCAUCUGUGAGAUGGGUGCCAAGAAGAUUUGGAGUGGCGGCCGAGAGGGCGAGGGUGAAGUGCUGGAUGAGCAGUACACGGUUGUUGCUGAAAGGGGUAUGUUUGAGUAAAUCAUAAGACAUUUGAAGGAAUGUUUCUGCGCUCUGAUAAUGUGAGCAAGGGAUUGGUGUCUAGAAUGGUUCUCUAGAAUUCUGAGUAGAUGUCGUAGCGAGGAUUCGCGUCUACUUGGAGCUGCGUACCUACAUAGCAAGGAGAAGGAGGAAGUUCUGGGUUUUAAAAAACAUCAACAUGCAGCAAAAAAAAAGCUAUGUAGACUUUAUAGAUAGUCUCGUUGUCCC